GUCUGUUCAACACGAACACACAACAACACCACUGCACCAUGAGGGUGGGGUUGGCAACAGCAAGGGCACUGGGAUUUGUGACGAGAAGGGCGCGACGAGGAAGAGGGCCAUGCUCACAAUCAGGGCUUCAUCGGACACCAAAUGCAGCAGCGGGGCCUCAAGCAGCAGGACCAAGAACAGCAUCAUCUUCUGCAGCAUCACAGGGGCGCAUGGUGGAAGAGUUUGUCAUGUCUCGUAGCCAGCUUGGGGCCGCCACCGUGCUCGCGACGCAAAUACGCGGUGCCGUGUGCUCCGUGGGCGGGGGCGACUUUAGCUUGGAGGUGGAAGGAGACGGAGACGACGACGAUGGAACAUGACAUCACGUGACCCGGCGGUUACAUCUUAUGAUGCCAACGCGACAAUCGAGCGAGGGAUCGGUCGAGAGGGAGUGCCCAAUCACGAAGCUGCAAGGACAGACGGAUUCUUUCGCCGUCGAAAGGACUGGGGGCUGGAAUAGCGCGGAGCGUUCCUGUGGUACCAUGCUGGCAUGAUUUAACUUUGGUCGACGGCCGCCGAAGGGGGGCGCUUUCCUUCCCACUGUUGCCCUUGUGGCUGGGACGUCUAGUCAGAGCUGAUUCUACGUGGAGAAUCGUUUGUGGCGGUCGCGAGCUGGUUGGUUUGAUUCGUCGAUUUGCCCGUCCUUCGACCACUACAGUAGCAUCGCGUUUUGCGGUCGACCGGAGAGACUCGUGGUUUAAUGAGGUGCAUCAUUUGUUGCGGACAUAGCCAGCCUUCGGCGAUUGAGCUAUGAUAGGGAGGGUGUGAUACAGCCGACGGCGAUUGGUUGCGUUUAGACGAGAACCGAAAAACGGUGGCGCCUGCGUGCGUAGUACGCCUUGAACGGCAAAUGCUGCACGCGCAGAAUUAUGAGCCGUGCGCAGAAGGUACGUAUCAGUAUGACAGCCUUGUGCGGGAAUCUAACCUCUACCACCUG